CAAUAGUAUGUAAACAAACAAAAGCAGUCAAAGUUAUCGAACUCGCUGAAAACAAAAUUUAUUAUUUGUAAAUCUUAAAUUUUUUAUUUGUUUAUAAAAAAUUGCAUGAAAUUAUUAAAUUUAAACAAUUAAGUUAACAUGUCUCACGAUUUGUGUUCACCUUUUAAUUGUAACAUUUGUUUAAUGUUAAAAAGUCAUCAAACUUUAGAGGAGCGCGAAUUGUCGAUAUCUCAAGAAAUUUUAAAAUUUUCCCAAUUAUUAAGCUGUUCAGGUUGUCAAUUGGUAAGAUAUUGCAAUCGUCAACAUCAAAAACUAGAUUGGCCGCUUCAUGGAGAAUUUUGUCAAGCGGUACAGAAAAUUAAACAAAACUUAAAUGUUAACCAUCCUUUCCUUAUCAAUGGACAACCGAAUACUCUAGAGGACAUAGAAAAAUGUAUAGUACAAUUGAAAUAUUUGUUAAAGAAUGCCUUGGGUAGAAGUUUGGAGUUUCAAGAAGAAGAGUUAAGCUCUUUUCCUGUCUUUUGUGGUCAAUGCUUUAAGUUUAAACAACUUAAAGUAGUUUGUGAGCGUUGUAACAGCCAGGUCUACUGUACGGAACGGCAUAGGGAGGAGCAUAAAGAAAUGCAUGCUAAAGUUUGUAAUUUAUUGAAGAUUUAUUAUUGUCCCUUUAAAGUCCAACCGGUCAAAGCAGAUUUGUAUUCGAUACAAAAUAGUAAAAUAAUCGAUUUAGAUAAUAUGGAUCUGGUGCAAUGUUUUGAACAAGUAUUUGCCUUAAAAUUGCCUUCGGACCCUAGUCAAAGUUUAAAAGAUUAUCAAUUGUUUUCCUGGGCUGCAGAUUUUAGUUGUAUUAUGUCUAUGUGUUAUGCCAUCAACCAUUUGCAGAAGCUGUUUACAGAUUUAACCAAAUUUACAAUUUUUAUUUUGGGAGCCAGCAUAGAGCCGGUGUUAUGGUUUCAAGAAAUACACUGUAAAGUUUUCUUUCUACAAAAUCCACAAAUUACGGAACUAAUUUUAGAAUUUAUAGGACCAGAAGUAGUGGAACCAUCAGAAAAUAGUAUAAAAUUUAAUUUUCUGGGUUUGGAACGCUUGGUCACCUUUAAAAUCUUUAAGGGUCUUUUUCAAGAUUAUUGUAAAUACUAUCAUGUUAAAGCCUCUCUAAUGAUAGCCUUCAAUUGUGGUUUUUCUGAGUUUUCACAAUGCUAUAACUUAACACCCACCAUAACAAGCUUAAAUGCAUUGGAAACCUUAGAUGUGCCUACUAAUAGCAUCAAUGCCAAAGAUACUUGGUUUCCUGGCCUUAUAGAAAUCUUACAUACCUUUGAUACUCCCAUAGUUUUUACUUCCUUUACCGAACAAGAAUCACAAUUUGAUUUUGCUGCUUUACAGAGUGCUGCUCAAAAACAAAGUUUAAAAGUUCACAUUGAUCGUCUGUUUAAGGUUGCGAAAAAUCCAUUUCAUGAUCUUCGUCCUUUAAGACAAUGGUAUACGAGAGACAAGGAAGAGUUUUACUAUCGCAAUGGUUAUAUACAGGCUAUACGCACCAAAUUGCAAAAGUAAGUUUAAUUUUGUUUUGUUUUUUUUUUUUUUAGUUUAAAUUGUGUUUUUUUUUUUGCAUUUUAUUGCGUAUUGUGUUAGUGAUUUAUUUGAUAUAUAGUUAACGAAAAUGA